AUGAUGCGUCGCAGACAUACAUUGUACCUGAACAUAGAUCUCGAAGAUGCAAAGGUGAAACAAGAGCAAGCAAAUAAAAUGUUCACCAGUCCGGGAUCGUCGCUUGACAAUGAAGAUCUGGAGAGAACAGUGUUAGCAAAUCCGGAGGCUAACAUACGGACGUUAGCAGAAGACCUGGGCGUACAUCAUACUACAGUAGUUAGACAUUUGGCGGAAAUUGGCAAGGUGAAGAAGAUGUCAAAGUGGGUGCCUCACGAGCUGACCAAAGAGUAG